ACCAGAAAACCAGAGGGGCGAAUGACCACUCCGGGUCAGAGCCCCAAACAUGCCGCUUCUAUGAUGAGCUGCAUGCCAUUUUAGGGGGUUCAGCCACCACUACCCCAGCCAUGUUGUUUGACUCCUUCAAUGGAGAUGGAGGCAACACGGAAGCAGGUUUUGGGGACGAAGAAGAUGAUGAUGAGGUUGUAGAUAGCUCACAGCAAGCAAGCGGAGAAACCGGUUUUCCCGACAGCCAGGAACUGUUUCUCACCCUGGACCUGGAGCCAGUACCCCCCGAACCCACCCAAGGCUGCCUCCUGGACCCGGCAGGCGGAGAAGGGACCUCCGCUGCAUGUGUUUCAAUGAUCACAGGAUCUUCUCCUUCCCAGAGGCUAGUGAAGAUUAGAAAUAAAAAAAAACACACUCGAGAUGAAAUGUUCUCUGAGCUCAUGCUGUCCUCCCACACUGACAGAGCACAGACGAAUGCGUGGAGGCAAAUAAUAUCAGAGUGCAGGAAAGCACAAAAUGACCGGGAGGAGAGGUGGCGUGCUGAAGAGAGUAAGUGGCAGGCUGAAGAUAGGGCUGAAGCUCAAAUGUGGCGGCAGCGUGAUGAGAGGAGGCAGGAUUCAAUGCUGAGGCUGCUGGAGGUCCAAACCAGUAUGCUCCAGUGUAUGGUUGAGCUGCAGCGAAGGCAGCUGGAGCACAGACUGCCACUACAGCCCCUGUGUAACCAACCGCCCGCCUCCACACCCAGACGCCCAAGAACAUGGUGCGGGGGCCACCGGCCAACCAGCCACUCCGCCACAGAGGAUUGCCCAAAAAAAGAAGGCUGGCAUUCAAUAAAUUUUAAAGUUGUAAACUUUUAAAGUGCUGUGUGGCAUUUUCCUUCCCUCCUCCACCACCCCUCCUGGACUACCUUGGUAGUCAUCCCCCUAUUUGUGUGAUGAAUGAAUAAAGAAUGCAUGAAUGUGAAGCAACAAUGACUUUAUUGCCUCUGCAAACGGUGAUCGAAGGGAGGAGGGGAGAGUGGUUAGCUUACAGGGAAGUAGAGUGAACCAAGGGGCUGGGGGUUUCGUCAAGGAGAAACAAACAGAACUUUCACACCGUAGCCUGGCCAGUCAUGAAACUGGUUUUCAAUGCUUCUCUGAUGCGUACCGUGCCCUCCUGUGCUCUUCUAACCGCCCUGGUGUCUGGCUGCGCGUAACCAGCAGCCAGGCGAUUUGCCUCAACCUCCCACCCCACCAUAAACGUCUCCCCCUUACUCUCACAGGUAUUGUGGAGCACACAGCAAGCAGUAAUAACAGUGGGAAUAUUGGUUUCGCUGAGGUCUAAGCGAGUCAGUAAACUGCGCCAGUGCACCUUUAAAUGUCCAAAUGCACAUUCUACCACUAUUCUGCACUUGCUCAGCCUGUAGUUGAAGAGCUCCUGACUACUGUCCAGGCUGCCUGUGUACGGCUUCAUGAGCCAUGGCAUUAAGGGGUAGGCUGGGUCCCCAAGGAUACAUAUAGGCAUUUCAACGUCCCCAACAAUUAUUUUCUGGUCUGGGAAUAAAGUCCCUUCCUGCAGCUUUUGAAACAGACCAGAGUUCCUGAAGAUGCGAGCGUCAUGUACCUUUCCCGGCCAUCCCACGUUGAUGUUGGUGAAACGUCCCUUGUGAUCCACCAGAGCUUGCAGAACUAUCGAAAAGUACCCCUUGCGGUUUAUGUACUCGGCGGCUUGGUGCUCCGGUGCCAAGAUAGGGAUAUGGGUUCCGUCUAUGGCCCCCACCACUGUUAGGGAAUCCCAUUGCAGCAAAGCCAUCCACUAUGACCUGCACAUUUCCCAGGGUCACUACCCUUGAUAUCAGCAGAUCUUUGAUUGCCUAGGCUACUUGCAUCACAGCAGCCCCAACAGUAGAUUUGCCCACUCCAAAUUGAUUCCCAAUUGACCGGUAGCUGUCUGGCGUUGCAAGAUUCCACAGGGCUAUCGCCACUCGCUUCUCAACUGUGAGGGCUGCUCUCAUCUUGGUAUUCAUGCGCUUCGGGGCAGGGGAAAGCAAGUCACAAAGUUCCAUGAAAGUGCCCUUACACAUGCGAAAGUUUCGUAGCCACUGGGAAUCGUCCCAGACCUGCAACACUAUGCGGUCCCACCAGUCUGUGCUUGUUUCCUGAGCCCAGAAUCAGCGUUCCAUAGCAUGAACCUACCCCAUUAGCACCAUGAUGCAUGCAUUGGCAGGGCCCAUGCUUUCAGAGAAAUCUGUGUCCAUGUCCUGAUCACUCACGUGACCACGCUGACGUCGCCUCCUCGCCCGGUAUCGCUCUGCCAGGUUCUGGUGCUGCAUAUACUGCUGGAUAAUGCGUGCGGUGUUUAAUGUGCUCCUAAUUGCCAAAGUGAGCUGAGCGGCCUCCAUGCUUGCCUUGGUAUGGCAUCCGCACAGAAAUAAGGCGCGGAACGAUUGUCUGCCGUUGCUCUGACGGAGGGAGGAGUGACUGACGACAUGGCUUACAGGGUUGGCUUCAGGGAGCUAAAAUCAACAAAGGGGGUGUCUUUACAUCAAGGAGUAUUUCAGGCAGGACUUCACGGAGGGUUCCAAUAAGAAAUGGUGCACCUAAGUUAUAGUUCUUAUUGGAACAAGGAAGUUAGUCUGGCCUCUGAUUGAUACAUGGCUAGAUUUACCUCGCUGCACCUUCUCUGUGAGUGACUGCAGUGUGACCUAGAGGAAUGAGUCCCCUAGACGGGGGAGGGAGGGAAGCAAAUGAGUACAAAACAAAUCUGGUCUAUUGCUUGUUUUGAUCCACUCCAUCUAUCUUUUACAUCUUUGGCUGGCAGCAGACGGUGCAGAAGGACUGCAUGCCAUCCACAUCUCAUGGCUGCUCGGCAGAAGAUGGUGCAAUACGACUACUAGCCAUCCUCAUCUCUUGCCUGCCCGGCAGAAGAUGAUGCAAUAUGACUGCUAUCCAUCCUCAUCUCUUGCCUGUCCGGCAGAAGAUGGUACAGUACGACUGCUAGCAAUCUGUAUCGUCUGCCUGCUCACCAUAAGAUGGUUCAAUAGGACUGACUGCAGGACUAAAGAGAAUGACCUGGUCAAGUCACUCCAAAUUUAGUCCCUGUGCCCAUGUCUGCCCAGGCGCUCCUGGCCGACGUGGUCAGGAGCACCUCGGACAUGACAAUGACAGCUACCAGUCAUGUUGCACCAUCUGCUGCCAGAAGGCAAUGGGUUGCUGCUACUGUGUAGCAAUGCAAUACCGCAUCUGUCAGCACCCAGGAGACAUACAGUGACGGUUACCUGAGCGGGCUCCAUGCUUGCCGUGGUAUGGCGUCUGCAGAGGUAGCUCAGGAAAAAAGGUGCGAAACGAUUGUCUGCCCUUGCUUUCACAGAGGGAGGGAGGGAACGGGGGCCUGACGAUAUGUACCCAGAACCACCCAUGACAAUGUUUUAGCCCCAUCAGGCAUUGGGAUCUCAACCCAGAAUUCCAAUGGGCAGCGGAGACUGCGGGAACUGUGGGAUAGCUACCCACAGUGCAACGCUCCGGAAAUCGACGCUUGCCUCGGUACUGUGGAAGCGCUCCGCCGAGUUAAUUCACUUAAUGCACUUAGAGCAUUUUCUGUGGGGACACACACACUGGAAUAUAUAAAAACGAUUUCUAAAAAACCGACUUCUAUAAAUUCAACCUAAUUCCGUAGUGUAGACAUACCCUUAGGAACUUUUAGUGCACGCCAGCAGGGUCCGCACAUACAGCAAGUAUCUGCAUGCUGGUGUGCACUAGAAUUUACACUCCAGCUGGGGCGAACUAACACACCAUGUAGACAAGCUCUCAGCAUUUAUCUAAUUUUGUAAAACUCUCUAUUGUUCCUCCUCUCUCUAGUGAGUAUUUACUGAAGGUAGAUGCAAUAGUGCUGAGUUUCAAAGAAGAGAACAAGACAAUUUCAAUGCAGGGAGAGUAACUAGAUUUUAGAGCCCUCAGAGUUGGGCUACCUUCACUACAGCACAGCUAGUGUUCUGCUAUAACUGAUAUGGCAGAAGCUAAGAUAUGAAGUGGCCUUCAGACGAGCCUUCAGUUGAUGAUAAAAUCUUUGUGCAAUUAAACUUUUUUCAGCUUCAAAUUUUUGAAUGUGAAGACACAGCUUGAUUAAUGGCUGAAUUAUCAACUGCCGUCUGAUUUAAUAUCUUAGAACCACUUUAAUCAGUUUGAUUAAAACCUUUUUUUUUAUAAUGCUGUCAGGAAUAAAAGGUGAGUUUUACGUGAAGUUGUGAAAGAAUAAGACUGAGUCAGUCCUUGUGGGGAGCUGCGAUUUGUCAAGUAUCUAAGCAAUCAGAGCUAGUACUACAGUAAUGAUGAAUAUAAACUGAAGUUACUGCACUGUAACCUACUUCUAAUUAUUUUGCAUAUUGAUGACUCGCCGGAUACUGUACUUAGCAGCUCUCUAGAAAUGCCUACAAUAAUGACCUGUUUCAUUAGUGAGCAAUUUUAUGGAAACUUUACUAAUUUGACAACUUACAGCAAAUGAUAGAAAACAUGUUAACCAAAAGGCCUCCAGCAACACAGAGUAGCCUUUUAUAAUUAGGAAAUGAAUUUGUUAGCACUAAAGGAAAAUUGACAAAACUUCUUGUGUUGUGAAAAAGUUGCUGUAAAAUGGAAGUAAAACCUCUCAGUGGAUUUUACAAAUGACUUGACUAGCUAUCUUGACUUCAAAUAUAGGGCUGAUCAACACUGGACCCUUACGCUCGCACAGCUAUGUCUCUCGGAUAAAUAUCCACAUCCUGAGAGAUGUAGCUCUGCCAGUGUAACACCUGUGUAGAAAGUGCUGGAUUGACAGAAGAAUUCUUCCCUCAACCUACUUACUGCCUCUCAGGGAUCAACUGCAGCACUUUCACGCCAGCUGAAAACGGUGUGUGAGCCAGCAUGGAGAAUUUCUGUGUAUUGAACUUUUCCAUGUUCUUGUGUUUUCAAAAAAAAACAAAAAAACUUUAUGUACAGAUGUGAGAACUGUACCCAUUUGAAUUAUGGAUAUUUCUUGUCUGACACAGAUAGCUUUGUCUGACCAUUAUAAUUUAAAACUGCUACAGAAGUUUCACUUAAUACAGUAUCUGUGUAAUUUGUUUAGAGACUGAGGUGGAAGCACUUUCCUUUUCCCCUUGGCCUUGGUCUGGGCAGGAAAUUAUCUUCCACUGAGGUGUUUUGUUCAAGUCAUGAAUAAAUGGGUGAGAAAUACUAUCACAUGCCUUUAUCUUUUGAAGCAGUGGGGGAUGGAAGGAAAUUAUUGUGAAAUGCUCUGUUAACCAUGCUUGUUAGAAGGAAAUUGCAGAAUUGAAUAUCAAGCCAUACUGACUUCAAAUAAUGUGCAGACUGGACAAAACAAUGGUAAUUUGCCUUCAAGAUUUAAGAAAUAGCCAGUACGAGAGUGUUAAUUCCCAGCUCUUGCUGAUGGGAACAAAACACCUGUCAUCCCAUUGUAGAAAGUUUGGCAUGGAGGAGCAUGAGUGCUUGUUUCAGUGGUGCAUGGUGCCUACCAUAUCUGUGUCAUUGGGGUCUGUGCAGGCCAGAAGAUGGGUGGAGACAGCUGGAGGGGGGGGAAGAUAGGCACCUUCAGUGGAAGUUUCCUGCAAGCUUCCACUAGCAGAAUUGAUGCAUCCUAAGGUAAAAUAAAGCUGCCCUCCUGUGAUGGAGCUGCUGGGAGGCAGCUGUGGAAAUUCCCCAGGAUGCCAUGGUGAUGUGGGUGUAAUUCAAAAGCCCUGAACACCCAUAAGGGUUGACUAACCUCUAAUGCUUAGGCUUUCUAAUGAGGUCACAAGAGACAAGCCUCAUGAAUGAGGCUGGCUGAAGCUAAGAGCAAGGAUUUACUUAGAGAUGUUACAGGAGGAAAGAACAAGCAGUCCCAGAUAAUCCCAAGUCAUAACUAUUACCUUGAAGAACCUGGAUUCAUGGCUACCAAUUUUUAGUCCUUUUAAGUAAGUCUUAACCUACUCCAGCAGAGCUUGUCUAAUUAUAGAUAAUGUUUAAAUGCUAUUUUUUGGUAUUAAAUUGUGAGUGUCGUGUAGACUUGAGACAAUAGUGGCUAUUAAAGGAUCCUUCAUUCUGAGAUUUCCAAUCUUCAGGAUAGAGGGAGGAAGAGGAAUCGGGCAGUUCACUGGCCAGUAGAUCAAAACAAUUGAAUGGAAUUGUAGUCUCAUCCAAAAGUUAUAGAAGAUGGAGGUCAAUGAUGGCAUAAAGUAAACUCUCCAGUGUUGGAGGGGCCAGAUGCAGUGCUCCUAAUAUUACAAAAUGCCAUACAAUAGAACCUCAGAGUUACGAACUGACCAGUCAACCAAACACCUCAUUGGAUUGGAAGUACACAAUCAGACCAAAAAAAGCAAAUAUAGUACAGUGUUAAACGUAAACUACUAAAAAAAUACAGGGAAAGCAGCAUUUUUCUUCUGCAUAGUAAAGUUGCAAAGCUGUAUUAAGUCAAUGUUCAGAAUUACGAACAACGUCCAUUCCCAGGGUGUUCGUAACUGAGGUUAUACUGUAUUUUUGUUCCUCAUGAGAAUCUCUUUCCAUU